UCGUAGAAAUCCUCUCUAAACUGGUCCUGACUACAAACAGCAACAGAGCUGCCAUGACUGUCGUGAUAGGGUUCGAGGGCAGUGCCAAUAAAAUUGCCGUGGGCAUCGUGAGAGAUGGGCAAGUACUGUCGAACCCCAGACGCACUUAUAUCACACCUCCCGGCCAAGGCUUUCUGCCCAGCGAGACAGCCCGACAUCACCGUGGCGUUAUCCUAACUGUCCUCAAGGAGGCGUUAGAGGAGGCAGGGAUGAAACCAGCGGACAUUGACUGUGUAGCAUACACUAAAGGUCCAGGUAUGGGUGCUCCUCUGGUGAGGGCCCUGGUGGCUCGUACUGUAGCCCAGCUGUGGGGGAAACCUCUCCUGGGGGUCAACCACUGCAUUGGACACAUCGAAAUGGGCCGCCUCAUCACACAAGCCAACAACCCCACUGUACUGUAUGUUAGUGGGGGAAAUACACAGGUCAUUGCAUACUCAGAACGACGGUACAGGAUAUUUGGGGAGACCAUUGACAUCGCAGUAGGCAACUGCUUAGACAGGUUUGCUAGGGUUAUAAAGAUUUCCAAUGACCCCAGUCCAGGGUACAACAUUGAGCAGAUGGCUAAGAAAGGCACACAAUAUGUAGAACUUCCAUACACCGUGAAGGGAAUGGAUGUGUCCUUUUCUGGAAUUUUAUCCUUUAUUGAGGAAGCUGCCAACAAGAUGCUGAGUUCUGGGCAGUGUACAGCAGAAGACCUGUGCUUCUCACUGCAGGAGACCCUGUUUUCCAUGCUAGUGGAGAUCACAGAGAGGGCUAUGGCUCACUGUGGAUCCCAAGAGGUCCUCAUCGUAGGAGGGGUUGGAUGUAAUCUUCGUCUACAAGAGAUGAUGGGGGUCAUGUGCAAGGAGAGAGGGGCAAAGCUCUUUGCCACAGAUGAACGAUUUUGCAUUGAUAACGGGGCAAUGAUAGCACAGGCAGGUUGGGAGAUGUUUCGAUCAGGACAAGUGACUGAACUGUCAGACUCCUGGAUCACCCAAAGAUACAGAACAGAUGAAGUGGAGGUGACAUGGAGAGAUUGACAGCUCAACACGCAGGAACACGCACCUCUUCUCAUAGCUUGUGUCAUGGUGUCAUGAAAGAAUGCUGGAAGAAAAUUCAAAUUUUCCAGUAAACGUUGGCUCAGCUGUUGCAUGAACAUGGUAAUGUAAUGGAUCCAUGAACUGUACUAAGGAGCAAAUUACAUUGUGUACAGACUUGAGGGGAAAUUAAGUGUUCAUUUCAAUAUAUCCAUGCAAUGCUGUACAUACUUUGAUCAAUCAAUGUACUGUAAAUGCCAAGCAAAUACUUGAGUCAAGAUCAUUCAAUUUUAUUAUGCAAUACUGAUCACUUACAAUCCUCUUCCACUUCCAGUGUAGUUUUUGUAAUUAUAUAUAUAUAUAUAUAUUUUAUAAAUUGAGAACAUACCGA